AGUCCGCCACGAACUCCGUUGUGCGCUCUGCGUGUUUUACCUAGUUUAUACACGUUUAUAUAACGUUUUCUCAUUCAAUGAAGACCACAAUAGCAAUAAUACUGCUGAUAUUUAGAAUACAAGGACAACUUUAUUCUUAUUGGAAUAAGUUUUUUUUUCUUUUCAGGAAGAAGUAAUAAGACUCUAAACGGACGAUGAUGGGAGUCUGAUAUCGCCUUUCGAUUCUCAAAGAACUGUUUCAAGGACUGUUUUUUUUGUUGUUGUUUUGUUUUGUUUGUUUGGAAAAAAAAUAUAUAAUGAAGAUUUAUAGGGGAGGUAAACCAGCAUUGGAUAAUCCAAAACGCGUCCCAUAUGAUAUGUAUCUCUAAGCUCAGUGGUGCUCGUCCCAUAGCCUGAAGAUGUUAGUCAGCCAUUGCUGCAACAGUUCAGCCCUGGAUGCGGAUAAAGCACCCAGCAAUCAGACCCUGCGGAUGCCUGGAAUGGCACCGGUGCCCUGCAUGGAAAACCUAAACACCACCACUACCAGCCCCACAGCAGCGGGCCUGUCCAUGACCCUGGGUAUUGUGUCCAACAUAAUAGCACUGAUCAUCCUGGCUAAAGCAUACGCUCGUAUGCGGAGGCGCUCAAAAGCCACAUUCCUGCUGUUUGCCAGUUCUCUGGUGACUACGGACCUUGCCGGCCAUGUUAUUCCAGGCACUCUGGUUCUGCGACUCUACACGCCUGGCAACGCCGGAGGACUUUGUAACCAACCUGACGGCACCUGCCAUUUCCUGGGUGGCAGCAUGGUGUUCUUCGGCCUGUGCCCGCUGUUUCUCGGGUGCGUCAUGGCGGUGGAGCGGUGCAUGGGAGUGACGCAACCUCUCCUGCAUGCCCGCAUGGUUUGCACGGCCCACACCAAGAUGGUGGUGGUGAUGAUAUGGCUUUUGGCUUUAUCUGUAGCACUGCUGCCCUUCUUUCACCUGGGCACAUACACCUACCAGUUCCCAUGGACCUGGUGCUUCAUUAAGGUGUUAGACAAUACCAGUAUCACAGACUUGAUAUUUGUGCUGCUGUUUUCUGGACUGGGACUGGCCGCACUGGCCGUGGCAUUGGUCUGCAAUACCAUCAGUGGGGUGACACUGGUCAUCGCCCGUCUGCGCAAGAAGAAGUGCCAGCGCAGAUCAGCUAAAUCGCAUGACAUUGAGAUGGUGGUACAGCUGGUGGGCAUCAUGGUCACUUCUUGCAUCUGCUGGAGCCCUCUGCUGAUCUUCGGUCUAAUGUCAGUCAUCCGCUCUUACAGCGGCUCUAUGGAGGAUGAUCUGGACACCUACAGGACUUUAAUGGUAACGGGAGUGCGUCUGGCCUCCUGGAACCAGAUUCUGGACCCCUGGGUUUAUAUCCUUCUACGCCGGGCCGUCCUCAGAAAGAUCUACCGCAUAACCACCGGCCGCAGUGACCUUAGAGGGAGCACAUUCCGGAGGUGGGAGAUCAGCUCCUUCCAGAACUCAAUUAAAAGAGCACUUAAUCGGAACUGAUGGAGGAAUUCCAGGGUAUGAGUUAUACCACAUGGAAGAGACUGGGAAAGGGGAAAAAAUAGAAUGUUAUUAGCCAAAAUUGUUGCAGUGUGGCAUUACUGAAGGCAGAAUUUUUUAAAUGGUGGAUGAAGACGUAGUGUACUGGAACAGUGGGUUCUGUAAGUAAAAAUCCCAUUCAUUUUCUCCAUAAAUAAAAACUGACUUAAGCAACUAUGUAUGAAUGUUUACAGACAGACCUUCCAUUUUUUUGACAUUUAAUUGCCAAAUAAUUGUAUUGUUGAUAGAAAUCCUAAAACUCUAUUUAAGAAUUGUGUAGAAUGCCUAUGGAGUAAAUGAAUGGGAAGAUAGUUCUGAACCAAGGCUGCUGAAAAAGUUGGCAUUCACUGUUGCACUCUGUAGAGUGAGUCUGAUUAAUGACAAUGUGAAAUGGACUGCAAACAUGCCCUCCCAUGUAAACCCAAGGGAACCCAAGGAAAAGGAAACAGAAAAAAGAGGACUCACAGUAGCAAAGAAAAUAAAUGUUUGUUUGGGCCUUGGAUUUAAUAAGCUAGUUUGCAACUGUUCUGGAUUAACCUUCUCUUUUGGUGAUUCAUUAUGUGAUUCAUUGUAAAAUGAUGCUUCUAGUGAAUUCAUGACAAAUGUCUUUGAACAUGAAGCAUUGUUUGGCUUUAGAGCUAUUGCACAGGAUUCUGUAAAGUCCACAUACAGUAUUACAAACAGUCAAAUGAUGAAGAAAUAGUGUAAAUAACAUGGCAACCUUAAGGCUGAACUUUUAAGUGUGCAUGACUGUUUCAGUGUUCUCGUAUCUGUAUAUUUGUCUCUUGUCCUACUAUUUGUGAUCUUGAAAAGCUAUGGAAUGUUAAAGCUAUUGAAUAUUAUUUUGACAA